AUGUCGAGCAUCUCUCUUGUUCUCUCCUCUGAGACUCUCUUCGCACUCUCCCUCUGUACACAAACAAGGCCAUCGAGCACCUCACCACCGCUAAUCCGUGCGCCUCCUCAGCUCCGUCGCCCGCUCCUCCGUCCGACCGCACCCGCGACAUCGACAGGGAGUUCGAUAUCGAGUUCUUGCUUUCUUUCCAAUGGAGGAUGGGAUGGAAGUAAAUAAAAAGAGUAAGAGAGCUACUCCUGCAGAGUCUAAUUUACAGUGGAGUCAGUGGCAAUUGCUCGAUUCCAUCCUCCCUACCGGUGGGUUCGCUCAUUCUUUUGGUCUUGAGGCUGCAAUCCAAGCCCGCUUAGUAUCAGGUCCUGAGGAUCUUCAAACUUUUGUGAUCCAUGUGUUAGAGAAUACCGGAAGCUUACUCCUUCCUUUUGUUUAUUCUGCAACCAUGUCACCUGAUUUGGAAACCUGGUAUAAACUUGACACAACAUUAAAUGCAAUGCUAACUAAUGAAGUGGGUCGAAAGGCAUCAAUUGCACAAGGAUCAGCACUUAUGAGGGUAGCUGCCGCUGUCUUUUCAGAAAUCCCAGCUCUUAAAUCCAUGAGAGAUGCCUCUCACGGUUCUGGGGUUGUUUCUUUCCACCAUGCUCCUAUAUAUGGGCUCAUAUGUGGACUUCUUGGGUUGGAUGGCACAGCUUCUCAGAGAGCUUACUUGUUUAUUACGAUGAGAGAUGUUGUUUCUGCUGCAACAAGGCUGAAUUUGGUAGGACCUCUAGGUGCAGCUGUAUUGCAGCAUCGGAUUGCUUUUCUUGCUGAAGCUAUCCUAAAGAAGUGGGCGGACCGUACUGUUGAGGAAGCAUGCCAAACCAGCCCUUUGCUUGAUACCGUGCAGGGCUGCCAUGGUUACUUGUUUUCUAGACUGUUCUGCUCUUGAGAGCACAAACAAUUGCAUCAGCAUGUUGCCUUUCUUGUUCUGUACUGAUGCUAGAACCUGUGUCAACUUUUUUGAUUUUGUGCAAACCAUGAAAAUUAAAUUUUUUUUCUUUCUAUAUUCUGGUCAA